AUGGGGAGCAAUAGUUUGUUUCGUUAUGCAGAUGGAGUCGAUAAGUUGUUGAUGUUCUUUGGGACUCUUGGAAGCCUUGGAGAUGGCUUGCAGAAUCCUCUCAUGAUGUACAUUCUUAGUGAUGUGAUUAAUGCUUAUGGAGACACGAAUAGCCGUUUAACGCAGCAUGAUGUGAACAUGUAUGCAUUGAAACUAUUAUGCGUUGCGUUUGGAGUUGGGUUUUCGGCUUUUAUUGAAGGAUUAUGUUGGAAUAGAACAGCAGAGAGACAGGCUUCGAGAAUGAGAAUGGAGUACCUAAAAUCAGUUUUAAGACAAGAGGUUGGUUUCUUUGACACGCAAACCGCCGGUUCUUCAACAACAUACCAAGUUGUUUCACUCAUCUCCUCGGAUGCAAACAUAGUCCAAUCCGCCUUGUGCGAGAAGAUACCAGACUGCAUGACUUACAUGUCAACAUUCUUUUUCUGUCAUAUUUUUGCCAUUGUACUUUCAUGGAGACUAGCAUUGGCAGCCAUACCACUGUCUGUCAUGUUCAUUGUUCCGGCGCUUGUAUUUGGGAAGAUGAUGUUGGACGUCACAAUGAAAAUGAUAGAAUCUUAUGGUGUUGCUGGUGGGAUUGCUGAGCAAGCAAUAUCUUCAAUAAGAACUGUUUUCUCUUAUGUUGGGGAGAAUCAAACACUAAAAAGAUUUAGCACUGCACUUCAAAAAACUAUGGAACUUGGAAUAAAGCAAGGUUUUGCAAAGGGGUUGAUGUUAGGAAGUAUGGGAAUUAUUUAUGUUAGUUGGGGUUUUCAAGCUUGGGUUGGAACAUUUUUGAUAUCUGAAAAAGGAGAAAAAGGUGGCCAUGUUUUUGUAGCUGGAUUCAACAUCCUAAUGGGAGGAUUGAGCAUUUUGAGUGCACUUCCAAAUUUAACUGCGAUCAUGGAGGCAACUUCUGCGGUCACUCGCAUUUACGAAAUGGUUGAUAGGGUGCCAACUAUAGAUUCUGAAGAGAAGAAAGGAAAGGCUUUAUCCCAUGUGAAAGGAGAAAUUGAAUUUAAAGAUAUAUAUUUCUGUUAUCCAUCUAGGCCAGAUUCGCCAGUCUUGCAGGAAUUCAAUCUCGUUAUUCCAGCAGGCAAGAGGAUAGGUCUUGUUGGGGGUAGUGGUUCGGGAAAAUCUACUAUCGUUGCACUGCUUGAAAGGUUUUAUGACCCUAUAGAAGGAGAAAUAUUAUUGGAUGGUCACAAGAUUAAUAGGCUUCAAUUGAAAUGGUUGAGAUCUAAUCUUGGUCUAGUGAAUCAAGAGCCUGUUCUUUUUGCCACAUCCAUACAAGAGAAUAUAUUGUUUGGAAAAGAAGGUGCUUCAAUGGAAAGUGUGAUAAAUGCAGCUAAAGCAGCAAAUGCACAUGAUUUCAUUGUCAAAUUACCAGAUGGAUAUGAAACUCAAGUUGGACAGUUUGGAUUUCAAUUAUCUGGUGGACAGAAGCAGCGCAUUGCCAUUGCGAGAGCUUUACUUAGGGAUCCAAAGGUUCUCUUGCUUGAUGAAGCAACAAGUGCAUUGGAUUCUCAAUCUGAAAGAGUGGUACAGGCAGCAAUUGAUCAAGCUUCAAAAGGAAGGACAACAAUCAUCAUUGCUCAUCGCCUGUCUACAAUAAGAACAGCCGACAAUAUUGCUGUGCUUCAAGCAGGGAGAGUGAUUGAAUCAGGUAGUCAUAAUGAGCUCAUGGAAAUUAACGGAGGACAAGGCGGAGAGUAUGCUCGUAUGGUAGAGUUGCAACAAGUAACAACUCAGAAUGAUGAGUCCAAACAUUCCAAUCCUCAAAUAGAAGGAAAGAGCUCUCACAGGAUGAGCGUUCCUCAAAGUCCAGGAGUAAGUUUCAAAUCAAGCACACCGGGCACUCCAAUGUUGUAUCCCUUCAGCCAGGGAUUUUCCAUCGGCACGCCUUACUCAUAUUCAAUCCAAUAUGACCAUGAUGAUGAUAGUUUUGAAGAUGACUUGAAGAGACCAAACCAUCCAGCUCCAUCAACGUGGCGUUUGCUGAAAAUGAACGCCCCCGAGUGGGGAAGAGGAGUUUUAGGAAUAUUGGGAGCAAUAGGCUCAGGAGCAGUACAACCUGUAAAUGCAUACUGUGUUGGAUUACUCAUAUCGGUUUAUUUUGAACCUGAUACCUCUAAGAUGAAGUCAAAAACUAGAGUCCUAGCCCUCGCUUUCUUAGGAAUUGGUGUUUUUAACUUCUUCACUAGUAUUCUCCAGCACUACAAUUUUGCUGUCAUGGGAGAGAGGUUGACGAAAAGAAUUCGAGAGAAAAUACUAGAAAAAUUGAUGAGUUUUGAGAUAGGAUGGUUUGAUCAUGAAGACAACACAAGUGCAGCCAUCUGUGCGAGACUAGCCUCUGAAGCCAACUUGGUCCGUUCCCUUGUUGGCGACCGGAUGUCUCUUCUUGCUCAAGCAGUCUUUGGAUCUGUCUUUGCCUACACUAUAGGACUUGUUCUCACAUGGAGGCUUUCACUUGUGAUGAUUGCAGUGCAGCCAUUAGUCAUUGGAAGCUUCUAUUCAAGAAGUGUUUUGAUGAAGACUAUGGCGGAAAAAACUCGUAAAGCACAAAGGGAAGGAAGCCAACUUGCAAGUGAAGCCGUUAUAAACCAUAGAACCAUAACUGCUUUCAGUUCUCAGAAAAGAAUGUUAGCCCUCUUCAAAUCUACAAUGACAGGACCUAAACAGGAGAGCAUUAGACAGUCAUGGAUUUCAGGCUUUGGUCUUUUCACGUCACAAUUUUUCAACACUGGAUCAACAGCAUUGGCAUAUUGGUAUGGUGGGAAGCUCCUAAUACAAGGUCUCAUAGAACCGACGCAUCUCUUCCAAGCAUUUUUAAUAUUGCUCUUUACUGCAUACAUCAUUGCAGAAGCUGGUAGCAUGACUUCUGACAUAUCUAAAGGAAGCAAUGCGGUUGGAUCGGUUUUCGCUAUCCUAGACAGGAAAAGUGAGAUUGAUCCUGAAACCUUAUGGGGGUCAGAUAAAAAAAGAAAGAUCAGGGGCAGGGUGGAGCUUAAAAGUGUAUUCUUUGCCUAUCCGUCUAGACCCGAGCAAAUGGUAUUCCAGGGUCUGAAUCUCAAAGUUGAGGCUGGAAAGACAGUAGCGCUUGUGGGAAACAGUGGUUGUGGUAAAUCCACUAUCAUUGGUCUGAUUGAAAGGUUUUAUGAUCCUAUCAAGGGAAUGGUAUGUAUAGAUGAACAAGACAUCAAGUCCUAUAACUUGAGAAUGCUAAGGUCUCAUAUCGCUUUGGUGAGUCAAGAACCAACCCUCUUUAGUGGAACCAUUCGAGAUAACAUCGCCUAUGGAAAAGAAAAUGCAACUGAAUCUGAGAUACGAAGAGCUGCUACUGUUGCUAAUGCCCACGAAUUCAUAAGUGGAAUGAAUGAAGGGUAUGAAACAAACUGUGGAGAAAGAGGAGUUCAGCUAUCAGGAGGACAGAAACAAAGAAUAGCUUUAGCCAGAGCUAUACUAAAGAAUCCAGCAAUUCUUCUUCUGGAUGAAGCUACAAGUGCACUUGAUAGUGUGUCAGAGAUUUUGGUCCAAGAAGCACUUGAGAAAAUAAUGGUUGGAAGAACAUGUAUAGCAGUGGCACAUAGGCUAUCUACAAUACAGAAAUCAAACUCCAUUGUUGUGAUUAAGAAUGGGAAAGUUGUGGAACAAGGUUCACAUAAUGAUUUGAUUUCACUUGGAAGAAAUGGAGCUUACUAUUCUCUUGUUAAACUUCAAGGUGGUAGCUCCCCUAGAUGA